AUGACACUCCUGAGACUUGUUUGCCUCUUCCUGAUUCUCCGGGAAUCCGUCGCUGAUGAGGCGUCCCCGAUCCUGGACAGCUCUGAUCCACCGCCGCGUAUAAAUGGUGGACAAUUGGUGAACGAGACCGUGCCUUUUCAGGUCUCUCUGCAGAUGCAGAGGCGAGGACGCUGGCAGCACUUUUGUGGCGGUUCCAUAGUCAGUGCCCAGCAUGUCCUGACAGCAGCCCAUUGCAUGGAGAAGAUGAAGGUGGAGGAUGUCAGCGUGGUGAUUGGAACACUCAAUUGGAAGUCCGGUGGAGUGCGGCACCGUGUGCUGGCCAAGCAUGUGCAUCCGCAGUACUCGAUGAGUCCAAGGAUCAUCAACGAUAUUGCCCUGGUAAGGGUAACACCACCGUUCCGCUUAGAGAGAUCAAAUAUAGCCACCAUUCAACUCGGUGGGUCCGAUCGCAUCGGCGAGAAGGUGCCCGUUCGCCUCACUGGAUGGGGCUCCACCACGCCGUCCACUUCUUCAGCCACUCUGCCGGAUAAACUCCAGUCCCUAAACUAUCGAACCAUAUCCAACGAGGAGUGCAACCAGAAAGGAUUCCGGGUUACUCGCAAUGAGAUUUGUGCCCUGGCUAUCCAGGGUCAAGGAGCAUGUGUGGGGGAUUCUGGAGGACCUCUAAUCAAGGCCGGUCCUCAUCCGCACCUGGUGGGCAUUGUAUCCUACGGCUCCUCCACCUGUGCCCAGGGCAGACCAGACGUGUACACCAGAGUGUCCAGUUUUCUGGCCUACAUAGCCCAGGUGAUCAACCAGGACCUGGCCCAAUAA